AUGGAAGAAACAAUCGCUGAGCUACGACGUCAACUGGAAGAAGAGAGGCAGGCGCGAGAAGAGGAGAGAAAAGCGCGAGAAGAAGCAGAGCGCCGAGAAGACGAAGAGAGACAGGCGCGAGAAGAAGAGAGAAAAGCGCGAGAGAAGGCGGAAGGGCAACUUCAGAACAAUACAUUAUUGCGCCUCCUCGAUCGCUGCCACCAUUCUCUGUCCCGAGCGAUCCAAGUUGAGACGGAUGCGACCCUCACGACCCAGGGCGACGCGGCCGACCCCGUAAAUCGACUCUACCCCAAGCACGUCGUCCCUUGGCUCGACUUUCCCCAACUACAGGAACAAGUCUGGGAGAAAUUCGACCGCACUGCUUCUUUUACCUCGCGCCCAAUAUUCCCUUCUGAUAACCAAAUCGAUUAUGUUGUUACGAAUAUCAAGAACAUGCCAAUCUAUUCCGAAGCCUCUCUUCGGAAUUUCGAGCGAGACACGGUGGAUAACUUUGUCGAAAAGGUCGUGAACGCGUUGCGAGACGAUCAACCCCUUCGACGCGAGUUUGGAAUCGAGGGCCGAGUCACCUUCUAUGAUCGCGCCAUCCCAUCGGAGACCUCACUGGAGAAUAGCCUGGAGCAAAUGAGUCUUCAGGAUGUGCGCACACCCCAACGACUGGCGAACACUAAGAAUGGAAGAGGCAGGGGAAGGGGGAUUGGAGCGGCGCAGAGACAGAAGGGGGAUGGCACUGUGCGAAGACGCAAUCGGCGCGCCGACCAGUUCUGCGUGCACCUUGUGGCUGAUGAACGACAAAUACCAGUGUAUGCAGUGGAGUUCAAAGCGCCGCACAAGGUGACAAUCCCCGAAUUGAUGGCGGGUUUACACCAGAUGGAUUUGGCUCGCGAUGUCAUUGGCCAAGAAGGCGACACAUUUGAAUUUUAUGCUACCCGCCUUGUCGCCGCCGUGGUCACUCAGAUAUUCUCAUACAUGAUCGACAGUGGAGUUCGAUACGGCUAUAUCUGCACAGGGGAGGCCUUUGUUUUUCUCCAUAUCCCGAAAGAUGAUCCAACGGUUGUUCAAUAUUUCUUGUGCGUCCCGAAUCAAGAUGUGCAGCCGGACGAUGAGUUGCGCCUCCACCGGACCGCCAUCGGGCAGGUGCUCGCUUUCACCCUUCAAGCGCUGGCCGCAGAAGCUCCCUCUCAAGAGUGGCACGAUGUGGCAGACGCCAAGCUAACGACCUGGGAGGUCGAAUAUCUCGAUGUGUUGAAGGAAAUCCCCGAGACUCUUCGCAAAGACCCGAGGUCGUCUAACUAUCGGCCCUCUCACUGGAAACGGGAGCGGAAACGAGAUCGGAAGAUACACAACACACGCUCCCACGCUCGCUCCCGUUGUCAGCCCGGAGCAUCUACACCGAAGCAUUCGUCGACUGAAGGCAGCAGCAGUGGGGAGGAAUCGCAUUCUCCAUCUACUGCAGCGGCGUCACGCAGCCGAUCGAGCCGCAGCCGAGGAAACAGCCGUCAAUCAACUAGGGGAAGGGAACGGACAAGAGCCGGCCGGGACAACAAACAGACUUCUCAAAAAGAUGGGCAUUCUACACGACCAUACUGUACUAUUGCCUGCAUACGUGGGAUAGUCAACCGAGACCCUCUGGAUAAAAAAUGUCCCAACUGGAAACUCCACGGUACCCAACGUCACUCCUUAGGGCCGCAGGAGUUCAUACGCCAGCUUCACCGUCAGCUUGUACGGGACCGAAACCUUGGGUUCGAACAGCUGCAUGUCUGUGGUAGGACAGGCUACCUCAUGAAAGCCACCCUUCUUUCACGUGGAUACACUGUGAUCAUUAAAGCCACCACCGUGGAGAAGCAGCAUCGCCUUCAGGCGGAGGUGGACAAUUAUCACCGUCUCGGGAGCUUGCAAGGACAAUGCAUCCCUGUCUGCCUUGGGGUCUUUAAGCCUCGCAUUGCAUAUUGGUACCACGGCGAAUUGAUGGCCCAGAUGAUGGUUUUGAGCUGGUCUGGAAUGCGGCUUCAGAAUGUCAUCAAUGAUCGGAAUUCCAGCUUCUUUCACCAAGAGCGUGAGAAAGCACUAGCCGUGCUCCGGUCGUGUGGAGUUAUCCACGGCGACAGCGAGUGGCGCAAUAUGCUCUGGAACGACCUGAGUGGGCGUUUGAUUGUCAUUGACUUGGAGGACGUGAGAUGGUUGAAGCGUCGUCGAACUCUGCAACCAACAUCUGGAAACUCGCGGAGUGCUCAUCGCCUUCGGACGGAGGAAAAGCAGGGCAAAGCCUCCUGUCCAGCUCAACUGUCUGCACAUGCCAUUCCACAGAUCCACGAGUCAACUGCUAGCUGA